AUGGCAUCGGCAAGAUCAAAGACAAGAAAGUCAAGCUGCAUAUCGAUCCUGAGAUCCAACCUAAGCAACAGUCCCACCGACGCUUUCCGUUUCAUUUUAGAAAAGAUGUUGAACGCUAAACUUCAACGCUUAGAAGAUCUCGAUGUUAUCGAAAGAGUCGAGGGGCCCACCCCCUGUGUCAGUCCCAUCGUCGUAGUCCAAAAGAAAACAGGAGAAAUUCGCCUCUGUGUUGACAUGCGAGAGGCAAACAAAGCUGUGAAAGGGGAAAAGCACCUUAUGCCAACACUUGAUGAAUUCAUCACUGAUCUAAAUGGCGCAACUGUAUUCAGCACCCUAGACCUGACAUCCGGAUACCAUCAACUCGAGCUCAAACCCGAGAGCAGGCACAUUACAACAUUCUCCACCCAUGUCGGUCUUCGACGAUAUAAAGGACCCGUGUUCGGAAUAAAUGCCGCAUCAGAAAUAUUCCAAAAUUCAAUUGCUGAGCUUUUAACUGGCCUACCGGGAUGCAAGAACAUUUCCGAUGACAUCAUUGUUUACGGUCGUGACGUCAGAGAAAACAAUGAAAACCUGAACCGCGUUUUAACCCGUCUGCGAGAACACAAUGCCCGGCUUAACCGAGACAAAUGUGCAUUCCGUAAGUCAGAAGUUAUCUUCUAUGGACACUCCUUCAGCGCCGAAGGAAUCAAAGCAGCCCCUCAGAAGAUCAAUGCUAUUAAGACCAUGCAACCUCCAGAAAAUCCAAGCGAAGUGAAGUCCUUCCUUGGUAUGGCACGUUACGUUUCACGUUUCAUCCCAAAUUAUGCCAUCAUUACUGCCCUUUUACGUGCCUUAACCCAUCAGAAUUCCGUGUGGAAAUGGAAGAUAGAAGAAGAAACCGCUUUUCGAAAGCUACAGAAUGAGCUAACUAGUAACCGAGUCAUGGCCUAUUUUGACCCAACGAAGUCCACCAAAGUACUCGUCGACGCAAGCCCGACGGGUCUAGGAGAUAUUCUAAUGCAAGAUGGUAAAGUCAUCAGCUACGCAAGCCGUGCGCUGACUGAUGUCGAAAGUCGCUACUCCCAAACAGAACAAGAAAUGCUCGCAGUCUUGCGGACAACUGAACAUUAUCAUCUUUAUCUAUAUGGUGCGAAGUUUGCAGUGAUCACAGAUCAUAAACCUCUUCUUGGAAUCUUCAAGAGUCACAAACCAACCUCCCCCAGAAUCGAUCGAUGGAAGCUGAGAUUAAUAUCGUAUAAUUACGAGAUUAUUUACAGGCCAGGAAAAGAUGAUGCCAAUCCUGCCGACUUCAUCAGCCGUCAUCCAGACAAAGUUACCCCAUUUCCAGAUAACAUCGCCGAAAAUUACGUCAACUACCUUUGCAACAACAUAAUCCCGAAAGCUAUGACCUUAUCAGAAGUCGAAAAAGAAACGAAGAACGAUUCCACACUCCAAAAACUAUCACAAGCAGUCGAAACCAAUCAUUGA